CUACUCCGAGAGGGGAGAUAAGUGGCGCACAGCAAAAUGUUUUUACCAUUGAAAUACCUUCAAUAAGUUAUUUAAUCCGACGUGGUAUAUUAUCCACCUGGCUAGGGAAUAUUAUCCACAUGGCGAGGUAUAUUUAUUAUCCACUGGGCCGCGAAUCGGCGGAUGCAUGAAAGUGAAUAAGACGCCAACUUUAAGCGCCGUUCGCCUGCGUUGUCUCCACGCUCCAGUGCGAACGUGCAUGGCCAUGGAUCUCGAUCAAAUAUCCAUGGGGGUGGGAGCACAGAGGACGAUUGUAAUGAAUGAUGAGAGCACUCAUCACGAUCCAAGACGGGAAGAUGAUGACAGCUGUUCAAUUUGCAUGGACGGCUUCACAAAGAUGGUCACCCUGGACAAAUGCAAACACUCUUUCUGCAAGGCGUGCAUAGAGCAAGCAAUGAAAAUCAAACCAGUGUGUCCAGUAUGUAUCACAUUUUAUGGAAAAAUUGAAGGCAACCAGCCUAAGAACGGAACCAUGUCCUCAUCAGUAGACUCGAAGAGCCAUCUGCCCGGCCAUGAAGAAUAUGGCACUAUCAUUAUAAAAUAUAACUUUCCUCAUGGUGUGCAGAAGGCCGAGCAUUCAAACCCUGGAGUCAAAUUUUACGGGGCAAGAAGGACGGCGUACUUGCCCGACUCGCCAGAGGGACGGCACGUGCUUUCCCUCCUGGAGAAAGCUUUUACUCAGCGGCUCAUCUUCACUGUAGGGACGUCCACAACCACGGGAUUACAGAACUGCGUGACCUGGAACGAUAUUCACCAUAAAACCAGUAAACAUGGUGGACCUGAAAGUUAUGGAUAUCCUGACCCUGAUUACCUGCACCGAGUCAAAGAAGAGCUGAAGGCCAAUGGCAUCUACUGAAAAUGGGAUAUGCAAUAAUUUUGUGAUUACAGUAUUUUUGUUUGAUUUAUUUUAUUGCUUAACAUUUUAACAAGUGCCUCUUUUAAACAUAAAUGUGUUGCAGAACUAACCUCUAGUGACAGCCCUAAGUUCUGAAAUAAUCAAAAAUUUCAGUGGGGCCAUUCUUUGCAGAUGACAAGUAUUUCCUACAAAAAUAAUACUUAUUUUAUUGACCCGAAAGGGAUAAAUGGCUAAGGCGACCUCCGAAUGAAUUUGAACUUGUGCAACCUUAAGAUUUUAGUCAAUCUGUAGCGCCACCCAGCUGAAAUAUUAAGGUUAUCAAAAGGACAGCUUCUCAACACUGGUCAGUGCUUGGUGGGGAAGAGUAGGUCAAAACUAGUCAUAAUACCAUGACCGGGAACCAACUCUGGUUACCAUUUUAUUUCUUAAUAUAUGUUAAUUGUUGUACGCACUGCCAACCGUAUGAUAAUCGGUUGCCAUUGCAGUUUGUGCAGACAACAAUAAAAGUAACCUUUGGUGGAACUUCAAGGUAUGUAAUAGCUAAAAAUAAAAUGUGCAUACUAUAUUAACCAUUGUGUCCCCACUCUCCAGUAUUAAAAGUAGCAGACUGUCGACGGGAAAAAUAUGUAACAAUUAAACAACUAGACCAUUAAGAUUUUGUAUGGAAUCUUCAAUACUGUACAACAUACAGUAAUUGAGAUUUAGAACACGCAGCCAUGAUAGCAAUAGCGCUUAGAAUCAUUGGUAUGUCGUCCUACCAGAAACACUGUUUUGUGUUGCACAAUAUUCGCACAAUAUAUUUUCUGGCUUCUCUUUGAAACUGCAAACUGGCGCAAACCAUACAUUGCUAGUUUUAUUUUGCCUAUACAUUGUUGUUUCCCCGUAUCAAUGGAGCCACGUAAUGGGCAGCAGAUGAGAGUUUGGCAAAGUCCAUUAUUGUAUUAUACCUCAAUGCUCCCACCAACUUGCACUGAUUAAGGUAAAGUAUGGUCAAAUAACUCCAUUGAGACACACAACAUGAGGGCGGUCCUUAUCAAGCAGUGGAUGAAAAUUGUACUUAUUUGUAGUAGCAGUGGUGUGAGCAUUAUCCUGUGUUGUCACUCAUGCAUGAACAUGUAUCGCCUGACGGAACAAAUACAAAAUCGAAAAUAAGCUGCUUCCUCUUUUUCCACACGGUACUUUUCGACAUCGACUGACACUCCAAUACAAACCAACUUCACCACUAGAAACGCAGCUACAGAUGUAUCAGGCCUCUGUUUCUUAUUCUUAUUUCAGACAAAAAAAUAGACAGUACAUGAUGGUGACUGAUCAUAACUUUCCUCCAUAAAAUAUUACCAACUAGGCUUUUAGUGGAGCCAGAAAAAAAUAACAGUUCAUGCAUAAUGACUAAAGUAUAUAUGUGCACAAAAAAUGUCUGCUUACUACCACUCUAUUAUUUUAGCAGGUAAGUCCCACUGAGUUACGUAGCUCUUUUUAAAAAGCGACAUGGCCACAAAUGAUAGCUCAACAAAGUGGCGUAUGUGGACACUUUUCGCAGCCAAAUACUCAAAAAUACAUAUCCUAGCACUGAUGUUAAAAUAUCAAGUGAUUUCACAAAAAAACUGGAGAAAGGCAUGGAGAAGCCACGUCAACCAUGAGAAGAGAGCAACGGCGUGCGAUGGAGGAAGCUUGAGCCAUGGAUCUCUCGGCAAAGAACUUAAGAGGAACAAUGUGGACCCAAUAAGCAGCUAUACCAUUGCAAGUCAGCGUUUUUUUGGGUUUUAAACCGAUAAACUAAGGCCUCCCUAUGCCAUAUCCGUCAUUGGGAUAUUUAGUUUUUACCAUACUUCACGCUGGACAGUGCAGAUUAGCGAA